UAUCAAUUUAUAAAUAGAUCACCUAAGCUUCACAACUCUCCCAUCACACCUUAAAAAUCUAAUUCCUUUUACCUGAAUUGAUCGAUCAUGGCUGAGGAGAAGCACCACCACCACCACUUCCACCACCACAAGGAAGAGGGUAUACCUGGUGAAGUUGACUAUAAGAAGGAGGAGAAACAUCACAAGCAUCUUGAGCACCUUGGUGAGCUUGGUGCUGCUGCUGCUGGUGCUUAUGCCUUGCAUGAGAAGCACGAGGCAAAGAAAGAUCCAGAACAUGCUCACAAGCACAAGGUAGAAGAGGAAAUUGCUGCAGCAGCUGCAGUUGGUGCUGGUGGUUUUGUGUUCCAUGAACACCAUGAGAAAAAAGAAGCUAAGAAGGAAGAUGAAGAAGCUCAUGGAAAGAAGCACCACCACCAUCUCUAUUGAUCCAACAUCAUAAAUAUAACAAUAUUCAAGCUCAGAAGUAUCACCAUGAUGCGUGUCUAUCUUUAUAUCUUCCUUUUCCAGCGUGUUACAAAAUAAAAUUGAUCGAGCUUGAAUAGUAUUGGUGUACUCUAUAUAAUGUGUGUUAUGUUAUAUUAAUAAUAAUAUUGUAAAGUGAUUUGAGAUAAUUUUAUUUUGAUCAUUUUAUGCAA